UAGCUCUAACCAAACUUCUCUGGUUCUUUUUCCAGUUCUUUUCCCAAAGACACAAUCCUUAGCUGUAAACAUGGAGCGUAUGGAGCUGAAGAAAGUGAGCACUGAGGCGGACGAUGAAAGCAGCAUGGACGAACGCUUCACGCCCAUCGAUUCGGAGAAGGCCACCAUCAGCAGCUCACUUCUGGAUGAGGACGACGCACAGAGUCAGAAGUUUCUCACCAAUGGCAUCAUGAAGAAGAAGAAAUAUGAUGAAGAAUAUCACCCGGGUCACACGUCAUUUGGGAUGUCUGUCUUUAACCUCAGUAACGCCAUCAUGGGCAGUGGAAUUCUGGGAUUGUCCUUCGCCAUGGCCAACACUGGCAUCAUACUGUUUGUCAUCCUCCUGCUUGGAGUCGCUAUCCUGUCGCUGUACUCUGUUCAUCUGUUACUAAUGACGGCCAAAGAAGGAGGCUCGCUGAUCUACGAGAAGCUCGGGGAAAGAGCGUUCGGAUGGCCGGGAAAAAUGGCAGCUUUCGGAUCAAUAACUCUGCAGAAUAUAGGAGCCAUGUCCAGCUACCUGUUCAUAGUCAAAUACGAGCUGCCGGAGGUGAUUCGAGCUUUUCUGCGGCUGGAGGAGAACUCUGGGGAAUGGUAUAUGAACGGGAAUUACGCGGUGGUGUUGGUGUCCAUCGGCAUCAUUCUGCCGCUGUCUCUGCUGAAGAACCUGGGGUAUCUGGGGUACACCAGCGGCUUCUCUCUCUCGUGCAUGGUGUUCUUUCUGGGAGUGCUGAUCUAUAAGAAGACGAUCCUGCCCUGUCCUCUGCCGUUCUUCUACCAGCACGAGUCCAACAUGAGCGUGAACGGCUCGGAGGCUCUGGGUCUGUACUCGCUGCAGAACGCCUCGGCUCUGGCGUAUAUCUCUGACGCUCAGCCGGAUCCUCACGCUCCGGUGCUCGACCCUCUCCACAGCGCCGUCCAGUUUACACCUCACCCUGAUGACCACCAGGACAUACUCGUGUUCCUCAGUCGCUCUCGGAGGAAGAUGCAGACGGUGUCAAACCUGUCCAUCCUGGCCAUGCUGGUGAUGUACCUGCUCUCCGCUCUGUUUGGUUACCUGACGUUUUAUGAUCACGUCGAGGCAGAGCUGCUUCACACCUUCACAAAGGUCUACAAGUUUGACACGAUGCUUCUGCUGGUGCGUUUGGCUGUGCUGACGGCCGUGACGCUGACCGUUCCCAUAGUGCUGUUCCCUAUCCGUUCUUCAGUCAUCACGCUGUGUUUCGCUGGGAAAGAGUUCAGCUGGAUCCGACACUUCCUCAUCGCCGCUGCUAUACUGGCCUUCAACAACCUCCUGGUGAUCUUCGUCCCCACCAUCAGAGACAUCUUCGGCUUCAUCGGUUCGUCUGCAGCCACCAUGCUCAUCUUCAUCCUACCGGCGGCGUUUUACCUGCGGCUGGUCAAGAGUUUACCUUUCAGAUCGCCUCAGAAAAUAUCUGCAGCCAUUUUCCUGGUGGUGGGCAUCUUCUUCAUGAUCGGCAGCUUGUCUCUGAUCAUCUUGGACUGGAUUCACAACCCGCCGGGCUCGAAAGGUGCUCAUUAAAGCUCCGGCGGUCAUCUGCUGAAGCCGUUUCAUCCCAGAGCUCAUCUCUCGACACGGACGAACCCUGUGCCUCUACCUCUCUCUCCUCUCAUAAGCUCUCGUUUGUGUUUUUAACUUCUCCCGGCUCUCAGAUCACUGCGUUCACGAGUCUCGCUCAGUACGAAAGAUGGAAAGAGAGAGAGAGUUGGGCAGAAGGGCUCAUCAAAUAAGCACUUGAGGAUUUUUAUCAAGACAUACCAACAAUCACGUUUUCUUCUUGUUUGCCUUCAUUAGCUGGUCAUAGAUAGUUAGUUAGUUAGUUAGUUUGUUGUUAUUA